AUGCAAGCAAAUAACAAAACAAAUGAAUUACAACAAUCAUUAAUAUUCGAUAAUGAAUAUAAUCAACCAAUAUCAGUUGGAGGACUACCAUCAUCGUAUCGAUCAUUGGUGUUUGGAAAUAGAUAUAAUCAACCUCUAUCAGUUGGAGUAUUACCAUCAACAUUAAUUUCAUUAGAGUUUGGUGAUGACUAUGACCAACCAAUAUCAGUUGGAGUAUUACCAUCGUCAUUGCAAUCAUUGAAGUUUGGUAAAGACUAUAAUCAACAUCUAUCAGUUGGAGUAUUACUAUCAUCAUUACAAUCAUUGGUGUUUGGUUGUGACUAUAAUCAACCUCUAUCAGUUGGUGUAUUACCAACAUCAUUACAAUCAUUGGAGUUUGGUAGUCUAUAUAAUCAACCUCUAUCAGUUGGAGUAUUACCAUCAUCAUUACAAUCAUUGGUGUUUGGUGAUGACUAUAAUCAACCUCUACCAGUUGGAGUAUUACCAUCAUCAUUACAAUCAUUGGUGUUUGCUUGGGGAUAUAAUCAACGUCUAUCAGUUGGAGUAUUACCAUCAUCAUUACAAUCAUUGAGUUUGUAUGGUGACUAUAAUCAACGUCUAUCAGUUGGAGUAUUACCAUCAUCAUUACUAUCAUUGAAGUUUGGUAGUGACUAUAAUCAACUUCUAUCAGUUGGAGUAUUACCAUCAUCAUUACAAUCAUUGAAGUUUGGUAAAGACUAUAAUCAAGCAAUAUCAGUUGGAGUACUACCAUCAUCAUUACAAUCAUUGGUGUUUGGUUUCGAAUAUAAUCAAAUUGGAGUGUUACCAUCAUCAUUGCAAUCAUUGGUGUUUGGUGAGAGAUAUAAUCAACGUCUGUCUGUUGGAGUAUUGCCAUCAUCGUUACAAUCAUUGGAGUUUGGUAGUGACUAUAAUCAACCACUAUCAGUUGGAGUAUUACCAGCAUCAUUAAAAAAACUAGAAUUUCGCAAAAGGUAUAAUCAAUCAAUAUCAGUUGGAGUACUGCCGUCAUCAUUACAAUCAUUGGUGUUUGGUCGUAUAUAUAAUCAACCGCUAUCAGUUGGAGUACUACCAAUAUCGUUAACAUCAUUGAUGUUUGGUAAUGACUAUAAUCAACGUCUAUCAGUUGGAGUAUUACCAUCAUCAUUACAAUCAUUGGUGUUUGGAUUACUCUAUAAUCAACGUCUAUCAGUUGAAGUAUUACCAACAUCAUUACAAUCAUUGGUGUUUGGUAGGUUCUAUAAUCAACCGCUAUCCGUUGGAGUGUUACCAUCAUCAUUACAAUCAUUGGUGUUUGGCGAUAGGUAUAAUCAACCAAUACCAAUUGGGGUAUUACCAACAUCGUUACAAUCAUUGGAGUUUGGUAAUGACUAUAAUCAAAGUCUAUCAAUUGGAGUAUUACCAUCACCAUUACAAUCAUUGGUGUUUGGUUGGGACUAUAAUCAACCUCUGUCAGUUGGAGUAUUACCAACAUCAUUACAAUCAUUGACAUUUGUAUUACCAUCAUCAUUACAAUCAUUGAUGUUUGGUGAUAGAUAUAAUCAAGCAUUAUCAGUUGGAGUACUACCAUCAUCAUUACAAUCAUUAACAUUUGGUAGAUACUAUGAUCAAACCAUAACUCAUGGAGUAUUACCAACCCGAUUACAGUCAUUGAUAUUUGGACGACACUAUAACGAGUCCCUAUAUCCUGGGGAAUACCCAACAAUUGAAGAGGAUUCAGAUCCACCUAUCAGAAUAUCAGUUGAUUUUAACCAAUUAAUUGAAGUAAACAGAACAUUCCUUAAAUUACAAUUAACUACGGUAACCAAAACCCCAACUCUAAUGCAUACAGCCCCACGCGUACACUGGCAUAUCCCAUCAAAGCCACAGAUUAUGUUACAGUCAACAAUCACAAAUAUUUCAAAUUGCACACGUUUCAAUACUCUAAAAAUCAAGUUAUCUUAG